AUGGAAGAUAUCAAUGAUCGUAUCGAUACGCAACAUCGUUUUUAUGAUGCAGAUAGAGAACCAGGUAUUAUGAUGGCUCCGGUAGAGGGAUACAAUGACAAACCUUUAGUUCCACUUGAAGAAGCAGUCGCACCGUUUAUUCUGCGCAUGCCUACUAUUCUAGCUAAAGUGGAACAGUGCAAACAAUAUGCUGCGGAUUAUCAUGACAAUAAUCUUUCAAUUGAUGAAUUAGCUGCAAUUAAACUUUACACAUUGGAAUGGAGCCCAUAUCAAGAUUCGCUUUACUACAUUCUUAAUACAAUACUACGAACGGAAGAUCGUACAGCUUUGAAACCAUGGUUUCUAUAUUUGAAACUUAUUCUUACAGGACUAGCCCGUCUUCCAACGAAUCAACAUCGAGUUUAUCGUGGAGUUACAUUAGUCAACGAUGACCAGUAUCGACAAGGAAAUACAAUUGUUUGGUGGGGUUUUUCAUCAUGUUCAACAAAAAGAAAUGUUUCGGAACAUGAAAUUUUUUUAAAUGAAACUGGUGAGAAAACACUUUUCAUUAUUGAUUGUACUACGGGACGAGACAUUAGUCAAUAUUCAAUUUUUCAACAAGAAAAAGAAAUAUUACUUUUGCCGGCAACUACAUUACAAGUUAUUCGAACCUAUCGUGACACACAGACGUUUUCUAAUAUCAUUCAUUUACACGAAAUUAAAUCUCCAUAUACACUUUUAGAACCUAUACUGCUAGAAACAAAAAUGUUAAAUCCGGUAAAAAAAAGAAUGCUUAACAUUUUACGAACAUUCUUGAAACAAACGCAAACAGAUACAAGAACAAAACUUGAUCAAGAAAUCGAUCGAUUCAGAGAUCGUGAACAUGCAUGUAUACGUAGAGAACGUUUUACUGAUGAUGAAAUAGAAACUGUUGUUAAUGAAGUCAUUAUGAAAAAACAAUGUCAAACACUGUUUUUAAGAGGAGAUGAAAUUACACCGCAAGGUGCAAUAACGAUUGGCAAAUCGUUAGAAAAUAAUAUUACUUUAUCUCAAUUAUUUCUAACAGAUAUUCAAAUUGGUGAUGUUGGUGCUGAAGCUCUUGCAAGAUCCCUUGCAAAUGGAGCUAAUUCAAGUUUAAAAGAACUUUCCCUUAAUAACAAUGGUAUUACAGACGAUGGUGCCGAACAAUUAGCAAACAUGUUAAAACAUAAUAGAUCAUUAAUUAAAGUGUGGAUAAUAAAAAAUUGUAUCAAAGAUCGAGGUAUACAAUCGUUGGCCAGAGACGUGACCAAUAACAAUACGCUUCAGCUACUUUCGCUUAUAUGGAAUCAAUUCAAAACAAGUGAAACAGUCAAUGUAAUUAUUCAAAUGCUUGAAAUUAAUCAAACAUUGACACGAUUUGAAGUCAAUGGGCAGAGUCUAUCGUCACGCGAUUUAAAAAGGCUUAAGGACUUUGUGAGAACAAGCGGAUGCAUUGGAUUAACCAUACAUUAA